AGAGGUAAGAUUUAUCAUGAAGAAUGGUGAUUUCUUUCCAUAUCCCUCCCAAGAAGACUAUGUUUUGAUAGGUUUUAGCAUUUGAUUAUUGGUGGAGAGGGCAAGAAUAUGGGCAGGAAAUGUUCUCACUGUGGGAAUAGAGGACAUAAUUCAAGAACUUGCACCUUUCAGAAAGAAAGUCUCAGGCUUUUUGGAGUACAACUAAACCUAACUUCUUCUUCUUCUUCUUCUUCUUCUUCUUCUUCUUCUUCUUCCUCUCUUGCUGAAUUGAGGAAGAGUUUUAGUGUAGAAUGCUUGUCAUCCUCAUCAACAUCAUCUUCUUCAACUUGUUCCAGAUCUUCGCUAAUCACUGUGGGAGAAAAUAUUGAUAAAUUCUCUAAAGGUUAUCUCUCUGAUGGUCUGCUUGGGCAACCCCAAGAAAGGAAGAAGGGUGUGCCAUGGAGCGAAGAGGAGCACAGGAUCUUUCUAUUAGGGCUCCAAAAGCUAGGGAAGGGCGAUUGGAUCGGUAUUUCUAAGAACUUUGUCACCACAAGAACUCCAACCCAAGUUGCCAGUCAUGCACAGAAAUAUUUUCUCAGACAAAACAGCCUUAACAAAAGAAAACGCCGUCCUAGCCUCUUCGAUAUGGGCAAUGGCCAAUCUUCAAUUCAAUCCCUGAACGUUUCCAAGCUAACAGAAAGUAACAGUAAUAUUUAUGGUGCUGGGUUUGCAAUGAAGGCGACAGAAGCUUCUCCUUUUGAUCAUCAACAUUCCACAUUGCCUAUUAAGUACUGAAGCUUUCAACUCUGAACCUACUUGUUUUGUUUCAACAAAUAAUCGUAAUGUUUAAUGUGCACCACCUGAUUUAGAGCCAAAACUUUCAGCUCCAUCGUCACUGGAUCAGAGCAACACUUGCUCAGGUGACCUUCUAAUUGGAGCCAUUAGAUUGACUUGAUAUCAUCAUUCCGUAAAUAAAUUCUUCAUCACCCGUAUCAACUGUUACUAUUCACCAGUGUUUAUGGAAAAUCUAAUGCUUUUUGUGAUCAUAUGCUCUCUUUACUCUUUAAAUGUUAUGAGCAUUAGAUGUAAUUUUUGGAUAUUCUUCAAUGGGUAUGCAAUUACUAUCAGAGAA